GAUAAUUCUCUUAACUUCGGAUACAGAUUCAAUUUAAAAAACCAUGGCUUGCCAAACUUCCAACUCCAGGAAGUGGCAGCCGAAUAUCCUUUCGACAUUCGUAUUCGCGUCUGUGAUCUUAUGCGGUAUCCUCGACAAAUGCCCAACAUUAGCACAACAAAAUCAGCAAGCACCGCCAGCGGACGACCUUUUCUCGUCAGCUGCUCAUCUCCACAAGGUUUUCUUGGCUGAGCGGAAUAUUGCGGAAUUCCUCAAGCACUACGUUGGCGCCGUUGAAACAAAGCUGGCUCAAGUAAAAAGCUACUUGGCGGAAUACAAUCGAUUGGCAGACGAAGGGGUAGCAAACGACGAGCAGUUCGUGGAAAAAAUAGUCGGGAAUCCGAUCCACACUUUCAAAAUGGUGAAACGAUUCGCAGUUGAUCUGAGUGCAAUUUGGAAAUCACAUCCCGCUUUGGAUCAUCUAUAUUUGGAGUCGGAAAUUGGCAGGAUCAGAAGUACCAGAGUGCCCGAAGAAACGGACCUCGCGGGAGCAGCUUACAGUUUAGCUCGGGUUCAUCACACCUACAACCUGAAUCUUACUGAUUUCACGCAAGGGAAUGUCUGGGGAUUUCCUUCGAAAGCUGGUCUGACAGCACUCGAUUGUUUGUACGUCGGAAGAACGAGCUACGACCACGGGAUGCAUGCGAGGGCUGUCGAAUGGUUCGAAGAGAGUUACCGCUUGGCAGGUUUGGAGCGUAACGCAACCGUUGAUCAAAAUGUCGUCCUACAGUACUGGAAUAUGGCUGUUCGAGCGCACGAUGACCAAUUGGCUCAACGAGCCGCGGCCACGAACGGACAGCCGGACGUGAGUUUCUUGUCGCCCCUUGAAGGCGGACAUUUGUACUUGGAACCUGUGAGUCAGAAGCCUCCGGCUGAGCAGCAACAGCGAGAACUAUCCGCCCCACGGAAGCACUGUGUAGGUCUAAAAUGCCAGGGAUGGUAUGACGAGAUGAAUUACCACGUCUUGUGUCGUGGAAAACAGCUCUUGAGCGACAAGGCGUUGAGCAAGCUGAAAUGCUACCUGGAGACAAAAAACCAUCCAUUCCAUGUGCUCAAGCCAACCAAAACAGAGGAACUCCAUCGCAACCCGGACAUCAUCCUCUUACACGAUCUUCUCAGCGACCGGGAAAUUGAGCACUUGAAAGCUUUGGCCGAGCCUUCCCUUUCUCGCUCAUCCGUGACAGGAGAUUACGGAGCUCACACGACAUACAUUUCCGACGUGAGAACGUCCAAGAACUCCUGGUUCGACGAUUCCGACGACCCCGUCGUGGCGAAAAUGACCAAACAAGUAGCUCGAUUAACAGGCCUGUCCAUGGAAGGCGCCGAAAAACUACAGAUGGCCAAUUACGGGCUCGGAGGACACUUCCACAGUCAUUACGACACUCUCUUCUACGGGAAAACGCCGGAAGCGUUGGCCUUAGUUCCAGAGGAAAACUUGCGGUACGGAGAUCGAACAGCAACGCUUAUGUAUUAUUUGACGGAUGUGGCACGCGGUGGAGCAACGGUCUUCCCCAAGCUGGGGGUCGGAACUUGGCCCCGGAAAGGCGGGGCAGUGUUCUGGCAUAACAUCAAGAAAAACGGAGAGCAAGAACGCUUAGUUCUUCACGGGGCUUGUCCUGUUGUUCACGGAACUAAAUGGGUCGCCAACAAGUGGAUCAGAACCAAAGAUCAGGUCUUCAAGAGGCGCUGUUCUUUGGACCCGGCACAAUAGCAGCCUGCAGUAGCGGUUUCCAGCUGUCUUUCAUUCUGCAGAUCAAUCCUGCAGGCUGUGAUACUAUUUUCCGAGUGCAGUGCGUUUUUAUUUGUACAAAGCCUUCGCUCUUAAAAUCGGGAAAUUCGCUCUGGCAUUACUUCGUCGACGUUCAAUCCUGCUUGAAGAUAAAAGAGGGCAAUGGCGAGAAAUCCAGCGUACUGAUCGAUGACGACAGUUCAUUACUCAUAAAAAAUUAAGAUUAGCUCACUCGUCGAGCAAAAAAAAAAUAAGAAAUUCACCACGUAAGAAUCAAUAAUAUCGGAUUUUAGUGCCCUUGGGAAUUUAUUAAGAUCGGCCUUCAAC